UUUAAUUUUUCAGUAAUUUUCAGUGAUUUGUCUAACAGCCCAGUUUCCACACUCAAAAACUUUUUAUUUUUCUCAGGAGGACUUUCCACUCUUCCUCCCCACUCCAGAGAAUACCACUUUGUGAACCAGAAAAUGACCUGGACUGAAGCUCAGAGUUACUGCAGAGAACACUUCACUGACUUGGUCACCAUCUACAACAGCAACAUCAACCAAGUGCUUGUGACAAUGGCGCAAAAUAUUAAUGAUUGGGCUUGGACAGGGCUCUAUGAUGAUCGUUACAGCUGGAAGUGGUCCAUGCAGGAAAAUAAUUUUUAUGUUGGCAGUACACAUGAAUUUUUGAUCUGGGCUAACGGCCAACCAGACUGUCUAAAUGCAAAGGAAUACUGUGUGGCUCUUCAGGGACAAACACAGAUGAAUGAUAGACCCUGUGGAGAUUCUUACCCUUUCCUGUGUUACAAUGCCAGCAGUACAAGUUACAUCUUAGUGAUGGAGAGCCGCUCCUGGUCAGCGGCUCAGUCGUACUGCAGGACAUACCACACAGACCUGACCAGUAUAAGAAGCAAAGAGGAGAAAUCCAACAUCACGCUCACUUUGAAUGGAUCAGUGGUUCAGUAUGUGUAGAUUGGCCUCUACAGGGAUCCCUGGGCCUUCUGGUCUGACAACACAACCUCUACAUUCACUAACUGGAUGUCUGGUCAGCCUGCGAAUUCAUAUUCAUCUGAGUACUGUGGAGAUUUGAAUUUAAUGUCGGGGAAAUGGAAUGACUGCAACUGUGCCGUCAGAAUCUAUUUUUUCUGUUUCACAGGUGAGGUCCAGAAUGCAAACACUGUAAGAUCCUGUCAUCAUGUAAAACACUAAUGUUUGUGUUUUUAUAUGUGGUUCAUUUUUAGCAGUGACAAAGCAAACAGUGGUGAAAAUGAAGCUUCAG